AUGUACUUCUUCUUGGGUUCACUGUCUGCAGUAGAGGUGGCCUAUACUCUGGUACUCACUCCCCAAAUGCUGGCUGGGUUCCUCCUGCCUCCUGGUGGCCAGGCAGUGGCACCUUCUACCUGCGCUGCCCAAAUGGGUCUAUUUGUGGCUCUGGGUGGCUCUGAGUGCCUGCUGCUGGCAGCUAUGGCCUUGGACCGCUACCUGGCUAUUUGCUACCCUCUCUACUACCCUCAGCUCAUGACCACUGGGCUCUGCUGGGCCCUUCUAGCUUCCUGCUGUUUGGGUGGCUCUGUCCUAGCCUUAGGCCUCACCACUGCUAUAUUCCAGCUGCCUUUCUGCCGUGGUGGCCUUGUCAAUCACGUCUUCUGUGACCUCCCAGCUGUGUUGGUUCUGGCCUGUGGGAACCGGGACCUUCAGGAACAUGUGUUAUUGGCAGCCUGCAUGCUUCUGCUGGUGCUGCCCCUAAUCCUUAUCUUGCUGUCCUACACCAGGGUACUGGUGGUCAUCCUGGGGGUGGGGGAUGGUGCUGGCCGCCGCAAGGCCUUCAACACGGUGGCAUCACAUCUCACCGUGGCUGUGCUCCACUAUGGCUGUGCUACAGCCAUGUAUGCCAGACCCCUGAGCAGCCGCUCCUUGGAGGAAGAUAAGUUGGUGUCCCUCAUCUACAUAAACCUCACACCGCUGUUGUACCCAGCCAUCUACACACUGCGCAAUCGGGAUAUGCAGGGUGCCCUCCAACGGGUAGUCAGCCAGAGGACGAUGGGGGUGGUCCAGCAAGCUGAUCUUGUCUAA